UAAAGGCGGAGGCGAAUAAACGCCUCCGUUAAAGUUAAGGAUAAGAAGAAGAAGAAAGAAAAAAAAGAUUAGUUCGCGUAGAAAAAUAACCACCUGGUAUAUUUUAGUCAAUAUUAAUAAAAUAAAUUGAAAUUUUGAUACAUAAAAUGCUAAUUAGUUGAAGGGACUAUAAAAGAUAAUAUCAUCUUGCAUCGUUAGGUAACGUGGGAAUUCAGGUGUAUAAGAUGAUUGAAAUUAUCAUCGGACGUAUGCUGUGAAUAAAUAUCCCUGAGAUUAAAAGAUGAAGAAACGCCAAUGCUGCUUUAUAAUAAAUCUAAUAUUGACGUGUUCAGUUUUGUACGUAAUUCAUAGUUAUCUAAAUUCACUUUACACGUGGAAAUGUUGCAAGUUCUUAUUUGGCAGCGAGAAGAGCGUAGGAAUUCCAAGCAUUGUAGUUUACAGCAAUAAAAACAAUAUAAAAGAAAGCACAAAAUGCCAAAAUUUCAAUCAUACUCUAAUCAUCUCAACCAUCAAAAAUGAAUGGCAAAAAAUAGAUCAUACUAAUCUUUAUGUAUAUUCAGCUUAUAUAGACGAUAGAAUAAAAGGAAAACGAUUUAUUCGUAUAAUAGCCAUGUCCAAAGGAAUGUUCCGUCAAAGGAUAUUUUGCAAUACCUGGACAAACAAUGAAAACGUCUAUUCAUACCAACUCGACUUUCAAGAACUGUGGAUUACUUCUUGGGAUAUGGCAACACCUGACCAGUACUACAGACCUUUCUUACUAUCCUGUGAAGUUGAUAAAACUAUCUCGCCAUCAGCCAUAACAGUAACAACAACGCCAUGUAAACACUCCAGUAGUAUCCUGCUAUUAAACAAAACACAUUCAAAAUCUAGAAUUCAGAGGGAUUUUAUGGUUUGCCUUAAACCUUUAAAUUUUAAAUAUGAUAUAACAGUAAAACUGUUAGAGUGGUUAGAGCUCCAAUUUCUCCUAGGAGCUGAUAAAGUUGCAGUUUACGUCUACAAAGUACCCUUUAAAGUGCUGAAUGUUCUGAAACACUAUGAAGAACAAGGUAAAGUAACUAUUAAAUACAUUUCUCUGUUAGACUCCCAAGAGGUAGCCAAUGAAAAAUCAGAGCAAAAUGUCUGGCAAAAACGGCGAUACGAAAUGGCUAUUUACAACGAUUGCUUUUACAAUCACAUCUUGACGCACAAGGUCGUAGUUAACUUAGAUUUAGACGAAGCCAUUAUACCAAUUAAAGCGAGCUCUUGGCCAGUAUUGUUUAAACAAGCAAAAAAAUACUCUCCGAACAUUUUUCAGUUUGCUUCCAUAUCGGCGCCAAAUGUGUAUUUUUUUGAUAGUUUUGGUGAAGAAUCAGAUGAAAGUGUUCCAGAAUAUUCAUAUAUGUUACGGCAUUUAAUAAGAUCGUCGAAUUUCACGCCGCCUGGUUUUGCUCAAAAGAGUUUCUUCCUCACAAAUAACACUUUGAGUGUCACAAACCACUAUGCACUGAAAUCUUUACACUAUUCCAUUAGAACAAAUACUGCCAUGAAGAAAGAACUGGCCCAACUCAACCAUUACCGCAGUGCUUGUCCAUCCAAAAUGGAGAUCGAGUGCCUAGAGAACUACAUGAAAUUCACAGUCAAAGACCCUAUAAUUUUGAAAUAUAAAGAUACAUUAAGCGCUCAGAUUAAAAAAAGAUUGGCAGAGUUAAAUUUGACUGCAUAAUGAAGCAGGAUGUAAAAUAAUUCGAAGUCUCUUACACCUUUUCUCUGUAUCGAAUUUUUUUUCUUCCGAAUUUUCGACCCCAAAAAGAGAGCUUUUUUUAUUGCUGAAAAUUAAGAUAUUUUUUUAAAUUCUAAAUUCGAAAAUGCAAAAUAUUUUUGCCAGCAAGCACUUUUUUGCUUGAUUGGUGGUGAAAUAUGUGAUGUCCCGAUCACUAAUCUCCUGCAUUCCCUGCAAUUCACCCAAAUUUUACAUUAAAAAAAAAAUACUAUAUUUAUUAACACUAUUGCUUUAAGGUGCUUAAGAGAGAGGUAAAAAAUAUUUUGGAAAAUAAUUUUCCAACCUUAUACAUCAUAACUAUUUAGACAUGCAGUGGUAACACCAAUGAAAGUGAAAUAACAAAAAGUACAAAAUGAGUUUGAUUUCAAUUUAAGGCGGGGAAUCUCACGGCGAAAAUUGUGAAGAAAGGGGGACUAGUUGCGCAAUAUUCUCAAAAUACAAAAAUAAUCGCGGGAUUUAAAGAGAGGUGUAAGUAGCGACGAAUUUAAUUUCAAUGAUGCUAUUUUUCUCUUCAUCGCAUGGCACGCGACGCCGACCAACGGUCACGAAAACGCCGAACGUAAGAGAUGCGACGCCGACAGAGAGGGGAUUUUCGAAGGUUCGUCGCCAAGCAAAAUAAAAAAAGGCACAGCUUAUGCAAAGCGAUGAUUUUAGUAUAUUUAUGAUCUUGCCAUGAAGAAUUAUGUGGGUUAUAGAACAGACAAAUUACUUAAAUUUAGUUUAAAGUUAUUAAACUUAUUUAAAAAUUGUAAAUUUAGCGACAUUUUCCCACCUUGAUGAUAAUUUAACAAAAUAACUACCUUAUUCUUCAGUUUUUGAAAAUUUUUAUGAGCCGAGGUAAUGCAGCAUUGGAGUAAGUUUUUAAAUAUUAAAAAAUUAGCCCAUAAACGCUUUUCAGUCUCAAAAAACUUCGCUAUUUUCAAAAUAAGCAUAGACAGCGCUGGCUUAAGAUAGGCUAAAUUUGACCCAACAGUCAUGAGUAACUGUUGCCAACUCACAGCAGUUAUUCGCAAAAAAGCAUCAGUAGAUAUGACAACGGAGCCUUCGGAAAAAAAAAAUUUAAACCAAAUAGCGAAAAUUAAUAUAUUUAAUUCUUUCACACUAUGUUUUCAGACUAACAAACAUUUAACAAAUUCAACUUUUAAAAUAGUAGGGAAAAAAGCAUGUGAUUUUGUAUAUUUACUGAUGAAGAUAAGCUUAUGGCAAUAUAUAUGUUACGGUUAAAGUAAUAAAUCUCGUUAUUAUGUACGGUUAAAGUUAUAUAUUAUUAAUAAUUGUUAAUGAAGUUUUGUCAGUAUGAAUAAUUUAGACAUUAUUAAUUGAAACUUAAAUAAGAUACCUACAAGUGGGUAUCCUGAUUGGUU